GGAUGCAAGCAGAGGAAGACACUAUAUAUCAUGCCAUCUUCGAGGCCGGCGGCUUCACACCACUGAUUAUUCUGCUUGGACUCUUUUCUAUAGUCCUGUCAUUUGCUGAAUUGAUACAUUAUCUCCAUUCUGCAGUCUCUUUACUAUCCUUUGGCUGUGUUAAACGACCAUCUUAAUUGGUAAUAUCAAGGACGACCGUCAUGCAUCCUGUGGAAAUUUUCCUGCUGGCCAGCGCCUCUGUAGCAAGCGCUACCCUGUCGAUGGGACAGAAGCGCGUUGAAAUGGACCUUAGACGAAUCGUGGCUCGUCAGUCCUGGAUUUCCAUCCCCAUAAUUUGCUCGUUCGUACCUCCGCCAGUGACCUGCGCGCGGUCCUGCGGUGCCGGAUACGUUGAAUGUGGCGCAUCAACGUGCUUUAAACCAAGUCGAGGAGACAUAUGUUGCAGUAAUGGAAAAUCCUGCCCUCAAGGGACAUACUGCAGCGAUGGCGGCUGCUGUGACAAUGGUGAUUCCCUCGCAGAGUGCGGUGCAUCAGUCACCCUUGCUACAGUUGCUUCUGCAGCACCCAUCCCUACUACCACAUCGUCGCGUUCGUCUUCGGUUUCAACCUCAAGCCGGACGCGGUCCUCCUCCUCGAGCUCUGGCCCGAGCUUGUUACCGACUGUAUCACGGAGCACUGGAGGAACGGGUUCUAGGACACCUUCGGCUGUUUCGCCAACGCGUUCAACGACCUCAAGCCCUCCCCCGACUGAUAGUCGUCCGCCGCAAGUCAUGGGGAAUGCUGCUGCACAGAUUGGCACGUCUGCGGGUAUCAUCGGUGUUCCGUUCGCUGUUGUGUUGUUAGCGAUAGGGCUUUGAGUGGUUUAUUUUGGUGGGAUCUGGGUGGAAUAGUCUAAUGCACUGUAACAUCUGGAUGAUAGUCGAAGUGUGCCUAUGGGGCUCAUUGAGGAUCACAACAGAGUGACAGGAAGAUUUUGGAAUUGCUAAUAUUUUGGACUGACCUAGUUCUCUUUGCUACUUAUACACAAAUCCAUUGAAUCAGACCCUGCUUGUGCUUUGUUGAUAUCUCAACGUGCAGCUCUAGCGAAAAUUGUUGUCGAGUGCUAGGGACCUUGAGUAGUCCGGUUGGCGGA